AUGUUGCUGGAGAGCCUGGUAAACAACACUCAGUACAAUGUGGGUACGUUCGGCACUCCCAGCCUGGGUGAACUUCGCGCAGAAUUCCAGAGCCUCAAAGCGGGGGAACGCGGGCAAGGACGACUCCAGGUGCAGAAUGAGAUUGGGGAUGUGGCAGCCAAGCAUGCCCUCCCUGCCAACAGGCAUUCAACUUUUCAGGUGGCCUCGCAGUUCAACUGCCUAGAGUUUGUGGGGCCAUCAGUGACCCCAGAGGAUGGAAUCACAGGGUAUGUGCGGGACCGCACUCAAGGCCCAGCUUGUUCGAUUGCCUGCGGCGCUGCAACGGCAUAUCGGAACUACUUUGCUCCUGUUCGUGGCGCUGGUGAGGAGGGGCAAACAGCAAAGAGGCAGAUCAACAACCUGGAAGACUUCUGCACUGAGAUGGACAGGAAAUCGGCGAAGCGGAGACGUGAUGGCGAGGAACCGCUGUUUCGUUGCAUUGGCAGCCAGUUCCUAGAGGUGCGAGGGGGGUAUACGCUUUCCUCUCACAGGCAGCUGGAGCACCUCAACGCCAUGUUGGCCCAGUUGAAGGAAGAUGAGUUGGACAUGCUGCGGGAAAAGCUGCGAGUCGGGGUGCACGCUGAUGUGCAGGUCACCUCGCACGCUUGGGGAGCGAAAUCGGUCAAGGAUGCAUCCCAGACAGUCACGCAGGUGUUCGGAUCGGCUUGCUCGGACAGCGGACAGCCAGACUGGGAGCCCUUGGCUCGACUUGUCUUGGAGGCAUCCUACGAGGCAACGCUCCUCGCGGCGCUUCGACAGGCCAGGAAGCACGGAGGACUCCAUGGUUCACGGUUUUUGACUUGCCUGGGCGGUGGCGUGUUUGGGAACUCAAUGACCUGGAUUGCUGACGCGAUGCGACGGGCAUUUGUUUGCCUACAGGAUGAGGACCUGCAUGUCCGCAUUGUUACCUACGCAGGCUCACCACCUCCGGACCUCUUGCGUUUAGAGCAGGAUCCUUUCGGCACUGGCUCCGGAACGUAG